AUGGAAACCGUGCAGGAGGUGGUUUGGGCCAACGGGAGCACAGUGCUGACCCCUCCCCUGGCUCCCAACAUCAGUGUGCCACAUCGCUGCCUGCUGCUGCUGUACGAGGACAUUGGCACCUCUAGGGUCCGGUACUGGGACCUCUUGCUGCUCAUCCCCAAUGUGCUCUUCUUCAUUUUCCUGCUCUGGAAGCUUCCAUUUGCUCGGGCCAAGAUCUGCAUCACUUCCAGCCCCAUUUUUAUCACCUUCUAUAUCCUGGUGUUCGUGGUGGCUCUGGUGGGCAUUGCCCGGGCCGUGGUCAGCAUGACGGUCAGCACCUCGGAUGCUGCAACUGUUGCUGAUAAGAUCCUGUGGGAGAUUACUCGCUUCUUCCUGUUGGCCAUCGAGCUGAGUGUGGUUAUCCUGGGCCUUGCCUUUGGUCACCUGGAGAGCAAGUCAAGCAUCAAACGUGUGCUGGCCAUCACCACCGUACUGUCCCUGGCCUACUCUGUCACCCAGGGGACCCUGGAGAUCCUGUACCCUGAUGCCCACCUCUCGGCUGAGGACUUCAACAUCUAUGGGCACGGGGGCCGCCACUUCUGGCUGGUCAGCUCCUGCUUCUUCUUCCUGGUGUACUCUCUGGUGGUCGUGCUUCCCAAGACCCCUCUGAAGGACCGCAUCUCCCUGCCUUCGCGGAGAAGCUUCUAUGUGUACGCAGGCAUCCUGGCGUUGCUCAACCUGGUGCAGGGGCUGGGAAGCGCGCUGCUCUGUGCUGACAUCAUCGAGGGGCUCUGCUGUGUGGACGCCACCACGUUCCUCUACUUCAGCUUCUUCGCGCCCCUCAUCUACGUGGCCUUCCUCCGGGGUUUUUUCGGCUCGGAGCCCAAGAUCCUUUUCUCCUACAAAUGCCAAGUGGAUGAGACUGAGGAACCAGACAUGCAUCUGCCCCAUCCCUAUGCUGUAACCCGGCGGGAGGGCCUGGAGGCAGCAGGUGCUGCCAGCACACAGUUCGACUCUGCCGGCGGAAUGUCCUACCUGGAUGACAUCGCUUCCAUGCCCUGCAAUACCGGCAGCAUCAACAGCACAGACAGCGAGCGCUGGAGGGCUCUCAAUGCCUGA